AAUCCAGUAUUUUCCUGAAUCUCUCUCCAUCUCUCUUACUUCCUGCAGCAUCUCACUCCUGCUCAUGAGCAUCUAGCCGAGUGCCUAGUAGAUUUGCUGGAUGCACCAGGACCGGAUUCAACUUGUGAGUGCGUAGGAGUGAGUACGGACUUUGUUGGGAUCUCCAGCCAAGAGACAGAGGCAAAGAAAGAGAGCCAUCGGACAAACACUGAUUUAGUGUGGUCCUGAGGAAGAGAGAGGGGUGAGCUGAAGAGGUACGAUGAGUUUAAACAGUCAAACUCUGACUGGCAGUGGACAGGAUUGGACCAGAAAUGGCAGCAGCAGCAGCAGCAGAGGCCCCAUGGAAAAUGAGAGUAUGAUUUUGAAGCCCUCCACCCCCACCAGGAACCUUAUACCACCGAAGCCGGAGAACGCCAUCACUAUCGCUGUGUCGUCUCAAGUCCUCUUCAACAUGGAGAAGGAGCAGCAGAUAUACAAACAGCAAGGCAUGGAGGGUUACAUCAAGUAUCAAGGGGAGCAUGAAACGGAGCAUUUCAGCCCCGGACCUGCCUGCUCCUUUGUCAAGGCUCUGGAGGCUGUAAACACUCAACUGAGGAAGCUUUACCCUGACAGUGAUGAGCUGUUCGAUGUUGUGCUUAUGAUGAACAACGAUGCAGAGGUUGGCCUGAGACUCAACAAUACCAUCAAUCAUCACCAGUUGUUCAUCAAGCGCUUCUGUAUGACAGGGGGAAACAGCCCCGUGAGCUUCUUGAAGGCUUACCACACCAACCUGUACCUGUCGUCUGACCCAGGCAAGGUUCGAGAAGCUCUGGCGAAAGGUAUAGCAGCAGCCAUCAUGUUCACCCCGGAGAAGAUGAAUGAAGUGUCGGAGACUCAGCUGCGAGUCGCCUUCGACGGUGAUGGAGUACUCUUCUCUGAUGAGUCGGAGCGCAUUUUCAAGAAAGAUGGACUGAAAAGGUUCCAGGAGCAUGAGAAGACCCACGAGAAAGAUCCUAUGAAACAGGGGCCACUGAAGUGUUUCCUCGAGGCUUUAGGAAAACUGCAAAAUAAAUUUUAUGUCAAUGGGCAGCGCAUGGACUGCCCCAUCCGGACAUACCUGGUGACGGCUCGCGAUGACGGCAGCGCCGGUAAACGAGCCUUGAAUACACUGAGCUCAUGGGGCCUGGAGAUUGACGAGGCUCACUUUCUGGCAGGGGCGCCCAAGGGCCCCAAGCUUGAGGAGAUCAGGCCACAUAUCUUCUUUGAUGACCAAAAGAGUCAUGUGGACGGGGCUGUAGAAAUGGGGACGGUGGCAUGCCACGUGCCCUACGGGAGAGCUAACGAGUUAAGCUAGAAAGGAGUGAUGGGCAAAGAGACGUCUGCAGAGUAGCCUGGACAUCACGGUGGUGACAGACAAGGAGCUUGACGGGACAUUUCAUUUUUGCGUACAUUGCUCUAUGAAUGUUUUUUAACGAUUGAAACUAGAAUGGCACAUUAAAGCACAGGCUGCUCCAAAUAAUACAGGGUCAUAGAUACAAGUUUCUUAAAUAUGCCUGAUCACGUUCCAUGAAUUAUUCUCUGGGAAAAAGGUCAACAUUUGGAAAAACGCUCCAUUACACAAUGUUACAGAAAGAAUUCCUGGAUCUGCUGUAAUCCUGUGUUUAGCAAAAUGAAACAAACAAACUGACAUGGGUGAAACCAAAACCUCCUUGUGGAGGGAAUAGUGUCCUUAAAACCAAACAGAACCAAUAGGUACUAAAAAGAGAACCUGCACAUUCUCAACAAAUUUGCUCAGAUUCUAGCUUACAGAUCAAGAAGAACCACCAGGUGACAUAUUUUAUAAUUGAAUGUACUCAUAUAACAUACUUUUUAUCCACAUUAACCCACAUUAAGAAUAAAUAUCUGAAAGUCAAACUCUAUCGAAAUAAAGAAUCCUUAAAAUAGAAGAGAACUAAACAGAUAAGUGGGAGAAAAUCUAUAAGAGUGAGUCUGAAUGGAGCGUGACCUGUGCUACACAGCUGCACUGAAGAUUUGCACUCAGUCAUUUAAGAAGAUUUUUAGAGUUGUAUCACUUCACUGCUCAUCUGGGUGUUCCAACAUUUUUUUUUAACUGGUGCCUUUUUCCCGUCGUUGUUUGACUUUAUUUUUCUUGGGUUAGGGUCAGCCUUGCACGGUAAAUGGGCCUGUUUCAUCAAUGCAUAUGAAUGUAUUUUAAGAUUGCAAAUGAAGAAGAUUAGUCAAAUAUUUAUUUUUUAAUUUCCUCUUUUGCAAGAAAAUUGUGUAUUAUUGUUAUCAGCCACGUGCAAUUUUCAAAUAUGCUCUUUGUCCCUGAAGUGCCCAGAGUUCAGUGUGUCCCGGGUUGUUGCAUGCUUAUGUCUGUUUUAUUAUUGUCAUUCAGUUUUACAAUCAAGCUUUUCUGUUUCAAGAUUAAAUUAAAAGUGUCCGUAUGCGAAAAGCA